AGGCCACUCCAAUAAAGCCAUGUAUGUACGUGUGUCUUUUGACACAAAGCCUGACCUUCUUCUGCAUCUGAUGACUAAAGAGUGGCAGCUUGAGCUCCCUAAACUUCUCAUCUCUGUGCAUGGGGGCCUUCAGAAUUUUGAGCUUCAGCCAAAACUCAAGCAAGUCUUUGGAAAAGGUCUCAUUAAGGCUGCUAUGACAACUGGAGCGUGGAUAUUCACUGGAGGAGUAAACACAGGAGUUAUUCGGCAUGUUGGAGAUGCACUGAAAGAUCAUGCCUCAAAAUCUCGGGGGAAGAUCUGCACCAUCGGUAUAGCUCCCUGGGGGAUUGUGGAAAAUCAAGAGGAUCUGAUUGGCAAAGAUGUGGUCCGACCAUACCAGACAAUGUCCAAUCCCAUGAGUAAGUUGACUGUGCUCAACAGUAUGCAUUCUCAUUUUAUUUUGGCUGACAAUGGCACUACUGGCAAAUAUGGAGCAGAGGUGAAGCUUCGUAGACAGCUGGAAAAGCACAUUUCACUUCAGAAGAUAAAUACAAGAUGCCUUAGCAGCUUUUCUCUGGAUGCUCGAAUUGGUCAGGGUGUUCCAGUGGUGGCCCUUAUUGUGGAAGGAGGUCCCAAUGUUAUCUCCAUUGUUCUGGAGUACCUGCGAGACACUCCUCCUGUUCCCGUUGUGAUAUGCGAUGGCAGUGGCCGAGCAUCUGACAUCCUUGCCUUUGGUCACAAAUACUCUGAAGAAGGAGGACUUAUCAACGAGUCUUUGAGGGACCAGUUGCUAGUCACCAUACAGAAGACUUUCACAUACACCCGAACCCAGGCACAGCACCUCUUCAUUAUCCUCAUGGAGUGCAUGAAGAAGAAGGAGCUGAUCACAGUAUUUCGCAUGGGAUCAGAAGGACACCAGGAUAUUGAUUUAGCUAUCCUGACAGCAUUACUAAAAGGAGCUAACGCAUCUGCUCCCGACCAGCUGAGCCUAGCAUUAGCCUGGAACAGAGUAGACAUCGCCCGCAGUCAGAUCUUUAUUUAUGGGCAACAGUGGCCGGUGGGCUCCCUUGAGCAAGCAAUGCUGGAUGCACUGGUGUUGGACAGAGUGGAUUUUGUGAAAUUACUCAUAGAAAAUGGAGUAAGCAUGCAUCGUUUUCUCACCAUCUCCCGGCUAGAGGAAUUGUACAAUACGAGACAUGGGCCAUCCAACACUCUGUAUCAUCUAGUCAGGGAUGUCAAAAAGGGAAACUUACCUCCUGAUUAUCGGAUAAGUCUGAUUGAUAUUGGUUUGGUGAUAGAGUACCUGAUGGGAGGAGCAUAUCGCUGCAAUUACACCCGAAAGCGGUUCAGAACGCUGUACCACAAUUUAUUUGGGCCCAAGAGGGACGAUGUCCCUUUGCGGCGAGGGAGGAAAACAACAAAAAAAAAAGAAGAAGAAGUUGAUAUUGAUUUGGAUGACCCGGAGAUCAAUCAUUUCCCCUUCCCAUUCCACGAGCUGAUGGUGUGGGCUGUGCUGAUGAAGCGUCAGAAGAUGGCCCUCUUCUUUUGGCAGCAUGGGGAAGAGGCUAUGGCAAAAGCACUGGUGGCAUGUAAACUCUGCAAAGCCAUGGCCCACGAAGCGUCAGAAAACGACAUGGUGGAUGACAUAUCCCAAGAGCUGAACCAUAAUUCCAGGGACUUCGGCCAGUUGGCGGUGGAGCUGUUGGACCAGUCAUACAAGCAGGAUGAGCAACUGGCAAUGAAACUGCUGACCUACGAGCUGAAGAACUGGAGCAACGCCACAUGCCUGCAGCUCGCAGUGGCAGCCAAGCACAGGGACUUCAUUGCUCACACUUGCAGCCAAAUGCUGCUCACAGAUAUGUGGAUGGGUCGUCUCCGGAUGCGCAAAAAUUCUGGCCUAAAGGUAAUUCUAGGAAUUCUACUUCCUCCUUCAAUCCUCAGCUUGGAGUUCAAGAACAAAGAUGAUAUGCCUUACAUGUCCCAGGCCAACGAGAUCCAUCUUCAAGAGAAGGAGCCAGAGGAACCAGAGAAGCCAGUGAAGGAAAAAGAGGAGGAGGACAUGGAACUCACCGCAAUGCUGGGACGAGGGAAUGGAGAAUCCUCAAGAAAGAAGGAGGAAGAGGAAGUUCAGAGCAGGCACAGACUGAUCCCUGUUGGAAGAAAGAUUUAUGAGUUCUACAAUGCUCCCAUCGUUAAAUUUUGGUUUUACACACUGGCAUAUAUAGGCUACUUGAUGCUGUUCAAUUAUAUAGUGUUAGUGAAGAUGGAUCGCUGGCCAUCUACACAGGAAUGGAUUGUCAUCUCGUACAUUUUCACUCUGGGAAUAGAGAAGAUGAGAGAGAUAUUGAUGUCAGAGCCUGGGAAACUGUUACAGAAAGUAAAAGUUUGGCUCCAGGAGUACUGGAAUGUUACUGAUCUCAUAGCUAUCCUCCUGUUCUCCGUCGGGAUGGUGCUCCGUCUGCAAGAUCUGCCACUCCGGAGCGAUGGCCGAGUGAUAUACUGUGUUAACAUCAUUUACUGGUAUAUACGGUUAUUAGACAUCUUCGGAGUAAACAAGUAUUUGGGACCAUAUGUUAUGAUGAUUGGGAAAAUGAUGAUAGACAUGAUGUACUUUGUCAUCAUCAUGUUGGUGGUUCUGAUGAGCUUUGGUGUCGCAAGACAGGCUAUUCUCUUCCCCAAUGAGGAGCCUUCAUGGAAGCUGGCGAAAAACAUUUUUUACAUGCCUUAUUGGAUGAUCUAUGGGGAAGUGUUUGCAGACCAGAUAGACCCUCCUUGUGGUCAAAAUGAAACCAGAGAAGAUGGCAAAAUAAUCCAGCUACCUCCCUGCAAGACAGGAGCAUGGAUCGUUCCUGCCAUCAUGGCCUGUUACCUCCUGGUUGCAAACAUCCUUUUGGUGAACCUGCUCAUUGCUGUUUUCAACAAUACAUUUUUUGAAGUCAAAUCCAUAUCCAACCAAGUAUGGAAGUUUCAAAGAUAUCAGCUAAUCAUGACAUUUCAUGAAAGACCUGUUCUCCCACCGCCUCUGAUCAUUUUCAGCCAUAUGACUAUGAUAUUCCAACACCUCUGCUGCAGAUGGCGGAAGCAUGAAAGCGACCCAGAUGAGAGAGACUAUGGAUUAAAACUUUUCAUAACUGAGGAUGAAUUGAAAAAAGUCCAUGAUUUUGAAGAGCAGUGCAUAGAAGAAUAUUUUAGAGAAAAGGAUGACAGAUUCAAUUCCUCCAAUGAUGAAAGAAUCCGUGUCACUUCAGAAAGGGUAGAGAACAUGGCCAUGCGACUGGAAGAAGUAAAUGAGCGAGAGCACUGCAUGAAGGCCUCUCUGCAGACUGUUGACAUCAGGCUUGCUCAGCUGGAAGAUAUGAUGGGACGAAUGGUGACCGCCUUAGAAAAACUGACUGGCAUAGAGAGAAGUGAGACGACCAAGAUACGAUCCAGGACCUCAUCCGACUGUACUGAUGCAGCCUACAUUGUGAGGCAGAGUAGUUUCAAUAGCCAGGAAGGAAAUACUUACAAGCUUCAAGAGAGCAUAGAUCCCACAGGAGAGGAGUCUAUGUCUCCAACGUCUCCUACGAUCACGCACCGCAUGCGAAGCCACUCUUUCUAUGCAACAAAUAUGAAGGACAAGUGUGGGUUUGAAAAGUUUGAAAGCAUUUUUAAGGAAAGAUCUCCAAGCCUGCAUCGGGCUAUCAGUUCCCACUCAAUAGCAAAAGAAGGAAAGGUUCCCUUAGCCCCUAUCAGUACUUUGUCGAUUGCCCCAGACUCCAGAAGGCCUUCAUCUUGUAUAGACAUCUACGUUUCUGCCAUGGAUGAGAUGCAUUCUGACACAGAGCCUCUCGACAGCUCCAUAAAUAUUCUUGGUACCGGAGAUGCAGCUCUGCAGGCUCACAUAGCCUCUUCCAUUUUAGCUAACAGUGCGUACAUUAGCAGUACACCUGGUGAAAAAAUUUCUGGCAGGAGUCUUGAUUACGAGGAAACCUCUGGAAUAGAAACAAGAGCAUUUUCUUCAGACUAUUCGCAAAUCACAGAUUGCCAAAUGCCCUGGGAUUCAGACCCUCCCUUGUAUCACACUUUAGAGCGAUCUAAAAGCAGUCGUUAUCUGGCUACAACUCCAUUUAUUCUGGAGGAAACACCAAUUGUGAAAUCUCACAGUUUUAUGUUCUCUCCAUCUCGAAGCUACUUCAGCAGCGUUGGCGUCCCCGUCAAAACAGCAGAGUACACAAGUAUUACGGACUGCAUAGACACGAGGUGUGUGAGCGCUCCCCAGGCCAUCGCAGAGAGGGCCAGUUUCCCUGGAAGUCUCGGGGGCAAAGUGGAGGACUUAGGAUGCUGCCACCCAGAGAGAGAAGCUGAACUAAGCCACCCAAGCUCUGAUCACGAGGAUAUUGAGGCCAAAGACAAGAAGGGGAUCCCCUUAUCUCCUCAAGAUGGCAAUGCUACAAGAACUCUGGCCAACAGCAUCCCACUUCCAAAAAUAGAGCGGGCCAACAGCUACUCUGCAGAGGAAUCCAACAUGUUGUAUGCACAGCACACGCGGAAGAGCUACUCUAUCAGUGACAAACUUGACAGACAGCGAAACGCAACAGGCCUGCGAAACCCUUUCCAGAGGAGUAAGUCCUCGAGACCAGAGAGCAGAGGGGACAACCUGUCCAUGAGGAGACUGUCAAGAACGGGAGCCUUCCGCAGCUUUGAAAGCAAGCACAGCUAG